AUGCUCAAGCCAUCAGGGCCGGGCAUUUAUGAUAUUAUCCAGGCGUUUCGUGGAGUGAACAGCUCGUUCCUUACCGACCAGCACGUUCCGGGCGCCGAUCUGACCGGCAAGUGGAUCAUCAUCACUGGAUCCAACAAUGGCAUCGGCUUUGAGGCUGCGAAAUCUUUAGCGGCGAUGGGAGCGAAUAUGAUCUUGGCCUGCCGCAAUCCACCUGCAUGGGAGAUGCAUCCCACCGCAGCCGUAGAGGAGUGCCAGACCAUUUCCAACGCGCAGGGUCAUUCAUCCACAAUCGAAUGGUGGGAGAUUGACAUGGCCGAUUUCGACAGUGUUGAGGAAUUUUGCGCACGAUGGAUAAAAUGCGACCGGCCGUUGGAUAUUCUUUGCAACAACGCUGGAGUCGCACCUCCCGCCCAAGACAUCGUGACCAAAGAUGGAUUUGAGAUGGCUCAUCAGGUCAAUCUUCUUUCUCAGGUUUUAAUCACCCUGCGUUUGCUUCCGUCGUUGGCUCGAAGCGCAGAGCCUCGAAUUGUGUGUACGACAUCGUGUAUUCAUCAUCUCGGGCUGUUUGAUCUAGACCAUUUCCAUGGCGGGCCAUGGAAAAAGGGUAAUGACUACCAGGACAACAAACUCUAUUACCAAAUGUGGGUGAUAGAGCUACAGUCUCGACUUUUGCGACACCCCGAGUAUCUCCACAUCACAGUCAAUGGAGUGAACCCGGGAUUUGUGGCGUCGAGUAUCUGGACCCCACUGACAACAGCCACCGAUCUCCCCACUCAUGUUUUGAAGCUUCUUUUGCGUUUCUUCGCGAUCACGCCACAGCAAGGUAGCUUAGCUAUCACUCAUGCAGCCACUUCUCCAGAGCUGGGACCGGACCCGCAUACGCAGCGUGUCGGUGCGCCGAAUGGGCGAGGUGGCGGCAAAUACAUCAACCGAAUCUGGGAAGCACCGGCUAGAUCCAUAUGCUACGAUGCAGAAGCCAGAUCCGCCAUCUGGACAAAGCUUGAUGAGGAACUGAAGUUGCGGGACAAAGGUCUUUUGGACGUUCUUGGAUUGUAG